AUGCCAGAAGCAGGAUGGAUAAAAAUGUCUGAGGACGAGCGCAAGCUGGCCAAGAAAUGGUACUCUCAAGUCGGCAACCUGCUAGGAAGGGACACAUCCUCGGUGACACGUUUGCUCUAUUUACAGAAACCCGUCAAAAAGCAAGGGCGCCCCUGCUCGCUGACCCCAGCCCAGGUUGAUUUCCUGGAGAAGAAGCUGGACCAGAUGAUCGUCGCAGCGAACGGCCAGCGCACCGUAACGGUCCAGGACUUGAAGAAGGCAGCGAAAUCCAAGGCGUCCUGCCGCAGCAUACUCCGGGCUCUCCAUGAUCGCAACAUUUAUUUCCGUAAGUUGCGGGAGAAGCCUCUGCUGACUCCAGAGGACGUCAAGGCCCGCUUCCACGUUGCCAAGACGUACCGCUCCAAGAGCGCAGCCUGGGGGGUCGACCGUAUUGAUGCCUUCAUCGACGGGAAGCACUUUCGGGAGGUCUACCUCAACAGCAAGGAGCGCCGUCGUGCCGCGCAGCAUGCCACCUUUGGCGCGUACCGUCAGCCUGGAAAGGGGUUGUGCGGCGGUUACGUGAAGCCGAAGGCCGGCAGCUUGCGGCACAACACUGGCGCUAAGGGAGUUCUCUUGUAUGCGGGCAUUGGGAAAGGCAAGGCCCUCACCGUGCACGAGGUUCCCCAUGGGCGUUGGAGCGGGCAAGCUGCUGCCAACUUCUACAAAAUCUUGGCGCGCGACUUGGCCAAAGCUUUGCCAGACAAGCGGCGCUUCCCAAUUCUGGAGGACAAUGACCCUACUGGCUACAAGUCCGCCAAGGGCAUCGCUGCCAAGGAUGAGGCUGGCAUCGGUGUCUUCGAGAUCCCAAAACGGAGCCCAGACUUGUCUGUGCUGGACUAUGCUAUCUGGGCGGAGGUCAACAAGCGGCUACGAAGGCAGGAAAGCAAGUGGCCGAAUGGCAAAAAGGAAACGCGUGCAAUCUAUGUCAGGCACCUCAAGCUCACCAUUCGUUCGCUGCCAGAGGAUUUCCUGCUCAAGAGCAUCCGAGAUAUGGCCAGGCGCUGCCAGCGGCUCUACGAGGCCAAGGGCUACUUCUUCGAGGAAGGCGGCUCAGACUGA